AUGGCCAUGCAAAAGGAGAUGGGAAUAGUUGUCGUUUCCCUGGCAGGCCGCACUGUGCUCAUUAGCACUGUGGAUGGUGGAGUAGACGUUGAGGAUGCCUCUAAGACAAUCUCUGGGGAAGUGGAGAGCGUCUCCAGUGACUGCAUGGUCGUUGUUACCCAGUACGAGAGGCUCCCUGCCGGCAGGCCGGGCAAACCGGUCGGCAAAUGCAGUGCUGAUGAACUCUUGGUGUUUAUGCUGGGCCUCGCUUUCGCAUGCAAAGGUGCAGACCUUGGCCCGAACAUCGUGGCCUACAAGCGUCCGUCAGCCAUGGUUUGGAGAUGCCGGCAUUGGCUGCUGGCUGCGCUGCCGCUGCAAUGUCCAGGGCUGUUCUUUGAGCUCAAAGCGAAGAGUGCUGGUCCAGCGGAGUGCUUCAAGGCGACUCCUGGGCAUGGGCACAGCGUGCAUGGAAGCUACGAAGCAGAUGGGCCAAACGAGGGGGUCCUGGUUACCUUGACCAGCGGCUCUGGCAAGGAACUCUUCCGAAAUGCCAACCCGUCGGGGCGCUUCAGCAUCGAGGUGAUGGAAGAGCUGCCACACAAGCUCUGUUUCGAGAGCUCCGUGGAGGAGAGCCAGAUGGUCAGCUUCAACUUCCAUGUGGAUGAGCAUGGAGACGGUACCGACCACCACGACAAGGAGCACAUGGAGUAUGUGACAAAAGAGCACACGGACAAGGUUGAGGAGCUGGUCGCCAAGCUCGAGGCAAAAGCCAAUGACAUCCUCGACCAGCAGCAGUACGCCAUCACCCGUGAGGCAGUGCACCGAGAGACAGCUGAAUCCACCAACGCACGCGUGAUGUGGUGGACCCUUGCAGAAGUGGCUGUCCUGAUCAGCCUGGCUGCGUUUCAGGUGUACUACCUCCGGUCGUACUUUGAGGUGAAGCAGAUAGUGUAG